ACGGACAUGAGCGUGGAAAAUUAUAAACAAAUUAAAAAGACAGAGGGAGAGAGAGAGAGAGAGGAGAGAGAGAGAGAGAGAGAGAGAGUCAUGUCGGUGGAAAAUGGAAAACAGAGGAAGACUAAACACAGCGACAGACACAGACCGUCUUCACGCUCGCAUCCAUCCAAAUCCCAAACCCCUUCAGAAUCCUCCGCAUUCCCACCCCCCCUAUCGACGAGAUCUCGAUCCACUUCCCUUUCUCUAGUAUUUAAGAAUUCGCUUUGAUUCCUUUCUCAGACCUUUUUCUCUGCUGCCGAUCGAAAUCGACAUCACUUCUCCUCGCCGUCCAUGCAUUUUGACCCAAUCAAGCUCCGGGAAGCUUCCGGCAGCUAGCUCGCACUUCAGGUCGAAUGGUUUGAUUCCAGCUGUUGUGAACUCGAGGUGAGCUCUUGGAGUUGCGGAGAGCUGUAGUUGCGCGAGUUCUUACUGGUGAUUGGGAAUUUUGCUUCAGCCGAGUUGACUUGGAAGAGCAUCGUUGCUCAGUUGGUGUGAUGGUGAAUUGAUGAUUGGGAAUUUGAUGUGGAGGUUAUGAGUUUUAUCCGCAUUCGUCACUGCAACUUUUAAGGCAUUCUGCUUGAUGGGACUAGGUUUGUUAGGCUGAAUGCGCUGGCUAGAGUUGCACUAAGUUUAGAGAAGUUUGAAGCUACCAGAUUCAGCAUCAUUGGUUUCCAAAUUCUUGCAUUGUAAUGGGGUGUCGGUGUUCCAAAAUUGCCUCAUGUUUUUGCUGUUCAAAACAUAAUGGACCAGUUCCUGAUUCCCCAGAUGUCGAAAAUGAGGAGAAGGGUGAAGUUGGUGAUUUGCCCGUGUUUCAUGAAUACACCAUCGAGGAACUUAGGAUGGCUACAUCUGGAUAUGCUGUUGAGAACAUAGUUUCCGAGCAUGGAGAAAAGGCUCCGAAUGUGGUUUACAAAGGGAAGUUGGAGAAUCAACAGCGAAUAGCUGUCAAACGUUUCAAUAGAUCAGCUUGGCCCGAUGCCAGGCAGUUUUUGGAAGAAGCAAAAUCUGUUGGUCAGCUUCGGAACCAGAGAUUGGCAAAUUUACUUGGCUGUUGUUGUGAAGGUGAUGAGCGGUUACUUGUUGCAGAAUUUAUGCCCAAUGACACACUUGCAAAGCACCUAUUUCAUUGGGAGACACAACCUAUGAAAUGGGCAAUGCGGUUAAGAGUGGCUUCAUAUUUAGCACAAGCCCUAGAAUAUUGUACGGGCAAAGGACGUGCCCUUUAUCAUGAUCUUAAUGCUUAUAGAGUUCUGUUUGAUGAUGAGGGCAAUCCUAGACUUUCAUGCUUUGGUCUGAUGAAGAACAGUAGAGAUGGAAAAAGUUAUAGCACAAACUUGGCUUUUACACCCCCUGAGUAUUUGAGGACUGGAAGAGUGACACCAGAAAGUGUGACAUACAGCUUUGGCACCCUUCUGCUUGACCUUUUAAGUGGAAAACAUAUUCCUCCUAGCCAUGCCCUUGACCUGAUACGGGACAGGGAUAUUCAGAUGCUGACAGAUUCUUGUUUGGAAGGCCAAUUUUCAAAUGAUGAUGGGACUGAGCUAGUACGUUUAGCUUCAAGAUGCUUGCAGUAUGAGCCACGAGAGCGGCCUAAUCCAAAGUCAUUAGUUGCUGCUUUGAUUCCUCUUCAGAAGGAAACUGAGGUUCCUUCUCAUGUCUUGAUGGGAAUACCACAUGGUGCAGCAGCUUUGUCUCUAUCUCCCCUUGGUGAGGCUUGCUUAAGAACAGAUUUAACUGCCAUUCACGAGAUCUUGGAACAGAUUGGUUAUAAAGAUGAUGAGGGAGCAGCAACUGAGCUUUCAUUCCAGGUGUGGACCAGCCAGAUGCAGGAAACACUGAACUCCAAGAAAAAGGGUGAUGCUGCUUUCCGGCAUAAAGAUUUCAAAGCUGCAAUUGAAUGCUAUACACAGUUCAUUGAUGUUGGUACAAUGAUUUCCCCAACAGUUUAUGCACGCCGUAGUCUUUCUUUUCUCAUGAGUGACAUGCCACAAGAAGCCCUCAAGGAUGCUGCACAAGCCCAGGUAAUAUCUCCUGCUUGGCAUAUUGCGGUCAAUUUACAAGCUGCUGCUCUUUUUGCCUUGGGAAAGGAGAAUGAGGCGCAAGGAGCACUAAAAGAGGGUUCCAUCCUCGAAACCAAAAGAAAUUCCACUGCCUAAUAUGACAAGAAUUUGAAGGUCAAAACCUAAAGUUUCUUUUCCUCUUAGUGAACAAAUGGUGCCUUUUCUGGAUGCAACCACCAGGCACAAAACAAACGGGUCAUGCAAAUAAAAUGCGCUUAAAUCUCGAAGCAACAAUUUAAUGGGCACAAAAUGGUGAAUAUACAAUGAUCCUUGUGCAUGACUCUUGCUUUAUUGUGAUCUUGAAGCAGUCCUAUUUUUUUUUUGGCAACAACAUGGGAUAGUUUCGUUUUGUUUUCAGUUUUCUUUUGGGGAUGCUUGGGGUGUUCUUUAUGGCAAAUCCGUCUGGCGGUGGUUUUCGAAUAUUGGGAAUUGUUAUUAUGUUCAUAGAGGGACUCAACCUGUCAUGUCAUUCUUAUUUUUCGUUUGGAAGUUAUGAGAAAAAUUGUUUCCACGCUUGUAAUUGAUGUAUAGUACUCUUUGUUUUUGCUUGCCCCCCUCUGAGGUGAAUAUUAUUCUUAAUUUCUGUGUAUUAUUUGUUGAAA